CACACACACACUCUGACACUGUCGUUGUUUCAGCACGUUCAUGGAGGGAAACUGACGGCGUUUGACUUUGGUGUCACAGGAAACAUGAGACACUACAACCAGUCCACUCCCCCUCAGUACAACGUCAAGGACAUGAAGGUUCCCACCGCUCUGUUUUCAGGGGGACAGGAUACGCUGGCUGACCCCAAAGACGUCGCUGUCCUCCUCACUCAGGUGUCUAACUUGAUCUACCAUCAGUACAUCGAACACUGGGAACAUCUGGAUUUUAUUUGGGGUCUUGAUGCUCCUGAACAGAUGUUUCCCUCCAUCCUGAAGCUGCUGCAGGAGCACCUCUAGAGGGCGCCGUCAGAACUCCGUCAGGACACUGUUUUCUGUUUAAAGCUUCACCCCCCCACAACUGUGACUCACAGAACCAGAAUCACUCUUGCGAUUCAAACUGAAUUUUAUGUUUACUUCUGUUGUGAACCUUCACUUCCUGUGACAUCAUCAACCUGGUCUGUGAAGUCACGGAGUUGUGCACAUGACCACAACAGAGUGCCCAGGGUCAUGUGACUGUGGGACGUGUGCAGCACCAACCACAGACUGUUUGAUAUAAGAUGCUUUUAUUUUGACAGGACAUUUGAGAUUUUAACUUGACUCUGAUUUCACUAAAGUUAACGUUAAGAUUUUUAACAUGUUUUUUUCAAACUGAUUCAUAUCAAACAGUUUUAAUAAAACAAUUUAAAUUCA